UAUCUGAGCGGAAGCAGUUUUCCAGAUUCACUUUACUGCAGCUGAACGGCUCUCAGGGACUUUCUGUGACUGUCAUGCGGUCCCGGCUCCGAGCAUUUAGCCUGUUUGUUUGACCGUUAGGAGCGGAGCACGCAGAACCGGAACCAGGAAACGAGAUCAGCUCCCAGAACUCCUAGUCUGCACAGCCAUGAGCAUCCACCCCCGCAGGAUCCGCCUGAAGCCCUGGCUGCUGGCCCAGGUGAACAGCGGCAGAUAUCCGGGUCUCCAGUGGCUCAAUUCGGCCCACCGGCUCUUCCAGAUCCCCUGGAAGCACGCAACCCGCCACACACCCGUGUCAGAGGAGGAGAACACCAUCUUUAAGGCGUGGGCUGUGGAGACGGGAAAAUACCAGGAGGGAGUGGACGAGCCCGACCCGGCCAAGUGGAAGGCCAACCUGCGCUGCGCCCUGAACAAGAGCCGGGAGUUCCAGCUGAAAUAUGACGGCACCAAGGAGACGCCGCUCAAACCCUACAAAAUCUAUGAAGUGUGCGACGUGCCCGGCCACGCAGACGGCGCUGAGGACGACGAUGAGGAGAUGCCGAACCUGAUGGACCUUACGAUCAACCCACGGAUCAACGAACCGACCUCCUUCCCCCCCUUCGGUCUGUCCUCCAACAGGACGUUUGGAUCUCCCCAGGUGAUCCCGAUGCCUCUCCUACCAAUGAGUUCCGACCUCCAGCCGCGGGGUCCAGUGGUGGAUCCAGGGAGCUUUGGCCCACCUGGAGAACUUCCUAAUGAACUCCAGGACCUGAACUUGCUUUCUACUACAGUUUCCGCUGCUCAGCCCAUAUCAAUGGAGACCAGCAGCAUGGAGUCUAUCCAGACAGACUCUCGGAACCACCAAACCUUCAAGUAUGAUCUGCUGAGCAGCGUCCCACUAACAGAUCUGGACCUGAAGUUCCUCUACAGGGGCCGAGCGAUGGGGUCUCUAACUGUCAGCAACCCCCAGGGCUGCCGGCUCUACUACGGACACUUGGAACCAACCCCAGAACAGGUGGACUUGUUUGGGCCGAUCACUCUGCAGCAGGUCCUGUUCCCAGGAACAUCGGAAAUCCAGAACCAGAAGCAGCAGUUCUACACAGACGCUCUACUGGACGUGAUGGACCGAGGUUUGAUCCUGGAGAUUGAGCAGCAGGAUAUUUAUGCCAUCCGCCUCUGUCAGUGCAAGGUGUUCUGGUCAGGACAAGGGAUGCCAGAACAGGGACCACCAAACCCAAUGGAGAGGGAGAGAAGGAUCAAAGUGUUUAGCCUCAAUGAAUUCCUGCAAGGGCUCAUUUUGUUCCAGAAAGGUGAAGCUCCAAACCCUCCACCCUUUGAGGUUUACUUCUGUUUUGGAGAAGACUGGCCAGACAAGAAACCAAAAGAGAAGAAACUCAUUAUAGUCCAGGUGGUUCCUGUGGUGGCUCGGAUCCUGACAGAGAUGUUCUCAGGAGAACUGAACUGGUCCACUGACAGUAUCCGGCUGCAGAUCUCAAACCCUGAUGUGAAGGACCAGACAGUGGAACAGUUUAAAGAACUGCAAAGGCUCCUGCAGAACCAACUGGGUGCCCAGGGGCCCUGGGCCCCCACUGUUCCCCCUGGGUCUCUGGAUGCUUCCAUGAGCAACGCAUCGAGUGGAUUCUCCUGCAGCUGAAACCUCCCUCACAAUGAGAUCCUGGACAGGAAACAUGAGCCACUGGACUGGUCCGGUCACCUUUGACACUGAAGUCACGAAGGGUUCGGGUCAAAGCUUCUCUGACUGAUUCCACAGAAUCUUAUUUCAUACUUUUACAGAUCAUUGGUGGACCAGAAACAACCAGAACUUGAAUGAAGCAGUCUUCCAGCUUCAUGAUUUAUGCUUUGCUGUGUUUAAAAAGCUCCAAUGAUUUGUUCUGAAGAAUACCUCAGGAUGCCCAACCAGUGUUCUGCCUGCAUAGCUAAGAAGUUUCAGUGGUGGGGCACCACCUUGGUCCACUCUGGAUGGGUUUGUGUUUGGCUUCUUCCCAAACUUUGACAUCUCUAUAUACAAAGUAGUGUCCCAAAUUCUCCAGAUCCAGUCCUAAACUGUCAGCCAGAAUUUUCUGUGAUCUUUUAAAUGGGUCUUGACCAAUAGUUUGUUCUAAAGGUCUUUCUUUGGACUUUGGCUGCUUUUUUGACUCGUUCCAGUCUCUGGUUCUGACCGUUUUCAGAUGAAAAUCAUUCAGACCUCAGGUGGAGAAGCAGGGCUGUGGCGACACAGAGCCAAGAUAAGUUAGUGAGACAUGCAGCAGAACUUUAGCUCCAACAAGGUGAUUCCGAGACAUCUUCUCAUAAUGUAGAUGAUCAGCUGGAGGGUGAUGCAGGUUCUGGUUCUGGUUUUCGAUGAAGUCUUAAAUGUUUCUUAAACACAGGACUUUCAGAUCCUGUUCAGCUGCUGGAGAUGUUUGUCCUGACACACUGACCUCCACUUAGGGGUCAGGGCUACCUCACACUGGUUUCCAACUGCACCAUGACCCAAAAUAACUCAGCCAGAACCUUGAUGGUCUCUGCAGUGUCAUGAUAACCCAAACACUGAACCACACACAAUCAGCCACAUUAAUCCAAAACCCUUCCAGAACUGGACUGGAGAUGAUAAGCAGCUGAAAACUAAUGAUCAUUAAGCCCAAAUUAAGAGAUUUCCUUACAGCCUGGCUCAUUGGAAGGAAAAUAAUGAUUGUUCUGGAGUUCAGGCAGGGAUAUUCGGUACCAUCCUUUGCUGUGAUCUUUGAGGUCCGGUCUUUCCUUGUUCCCGGGUUCAGGAUGUCGGUCGGCACCGCUGCAGUAUUUGUUUUUCCUCCUGGCUUGUGUCACUGAGCUGGAAACAUGCUGCGCCUGUUGGAACAUGUUGCUACAAACCUAGAGGUAGAACCUGAAGACGGUCCGACUCAGGUCCAUCAGAACACACUCUUCACUGGUGUACUACAGGCACUGAACAGUAAAACACUCGAUAUCAUUGUUUAUGUAGUAUUUCAAAGUACAUUUUUGUACCUUUACCAGUGAAAUCAUGUUUCUACUUUGAUGAAUAAAGGGUCAAUCCCAAUAA